AUGAAAUGAAAUCCCAUUUCUGUUUUCCUCCUCUUACUACGCCUGAUUAAUUCCAUUUUUUAUAGAUGUUUCUAUACCUGCAAGAUUAUGCUUCUUUUUUAUACAUCUUUUUGAAAAAAAACAGAAAAAAAAUCGUUUUUUUACUCCCAUAGAUCAUUUGAGCUUUUAAUCCGUGGUUAAUGAUCACCCAUUCACAAUGGGAUUAUUCUUUUGUUGUUUUUGAGAAAUAUUCUUGGGUUGUUCUAGUUGAUGUGCUUUUUUUUGUCCACUGCCUACAAGCAUAAAUUCUAUCGGUAUUAGAAAUCGAGAGUCUCUUAGUUGGAGGGGUCUCAUUCAUGCAUGUUGUGCUUUGAUCUGUUGUGGAUUCUCUGGUCAUAAAGAUUUCCUGCUUUUUCCCCUUUCUUUAUCUCUCCUUUUUGUGGGUGCCGUCCUCUUUAUGGGCUUCUAGGUGGUUUCAGGAACAGCUUAUAGCUGGUGAGCUCUUUUCAGUUGUUUCUGAAAUAGGCGGGUUUGUUAGUGCAGUUCUCCGAGCUGUUAAGAUGAGCUUUACUAGCCCUUCAAUAUGUUCUGGUAGUAGAGCUACAGCUACUAAAAAGACAUUCGAGUUUGGGAGGACCCAUGUGGUUAGACCCAAAGGGAAGCACCAGGCUACUAUAGUUUGGCUACAUGGCCUUGGUGAUAAUGGCUCAAGCUGGUCCCAGCUCCUGGAAACCCUUCCUCUUCCAAAUAUUAAAUGGAUAUGCCCAACAGCUCCUACUCGACCUGUAGCAAUCUUUGGCGGCUUUCCUUGCACUGCAUGGUUUGAUGUAGGAGACCUUUCAGAAGAUGGUCCUGAUGAUGUGGAGGGUCUAGAUGCUUCUGCUGCACAUGUUGCAAACCUGCUAUCAACAGAACCCGCUGAUAUCAAACUUGGUAUUGGGGGAUUCAGUAUGGGUGCUGCAACUGCCCUCUAUUCUGCAACUUGCUGUACUCAAGGGAGGUAUGGGAAUGGCAGUCCAUACACAGUUAACAUAAGUGCAGUUGUUGGUCUAAGUGGCUGGCUUCCGUGUUCAAGGAGCUUGAAAAACAAUAUGGGAGGAUCAAAUGAAACUGUCAGGCGUGCUGCAUCUUUGCCUCUUCUUCUAUGUCAUGGUAGAGCUGAUGAUGUAGUCCUUUAUAAAUAUGGAGAGAAAUCUGCAGAAGUCUUAAGUUCAGCUGGAUUCCGCAGCCUUACUUUUAAAACCUAUAAUGGACUUGGCCACUACACAGUCCCUGAAGAGAUGGAUGAGGUCUGCAAUUGGCUUACAGCAAGGUUGGGGCUUGAGGGAAAACGCUCAUAAAUUGUAACCAUUUAUCAUUUUUAAAUAAUAGCUUUCCAAUGAGAAAAUAAGUGUUUUAGAUGCGGGAAAAUCACUUUAUUGUCUGUACGGAGUAGGAAGCGGGCAGUAAGAAGUAGAUGUGGGUCUAGAGUAUAUAUAUUGUGGCAUUAGUUGGUCUCUUCCCUUUUGCUCCUCUCAUUUGGCUUGUUGGCACCUAGAUAGGAUUAGUAAUGGUGAAAGAAAUAAGCAUGAAGUGGGAUGUUCAUUUGACAUUUGAAUUUUUUUUUUCUUUUAUAUAUUAAUUUGGGUGGGAGUAACUUAUUGGUUGUGUAUCUGAUCUCCGAAGUCCGAACAAAAACAAUUGUGGAAUUUGAAAUUUAGAAUCUUGCAUAGAAGGGAAAACUGUCCAACAAGUGGUUAUUCCAGAGAUAUGAAGUAUAAACAGGAAGAUAAUUGAUGCAGAA